GAUAAAAUGCAGCCAAAAAAGUGAUGAUACUUACAAGCUGUUGCGAUAGCGAACGCAUGAUUCUGGCUCUCUUUUACACAAUUGCCUUCCAGGACGCCGCCUAUCAUUGGGCCCAUGACCAUCGCGUGAGCCACAAGUACUUUGAAACCGAUGCUGAUCCGCACAACGUCACUCGUGGCUUCUUCUCGCAUGUCGGCUGGCUACUGUGCAAGAAGCACCCCGAGGUGAAGGCCAAGGGCAAGGGAGUAGAUCUAUCUGAUCCACUUAUCGAUCCCAUCCUGAUGUUCCAAAAGAAAUACUACAUGAUCUUGAUUUCCUUUGCCUGCGGAUUCAAUUUCGUAAAGAAGCAGUAGCAGGAGCUAUUUCUUGC